ACCUGCCAUUGACCGAGAAUUCAGCGUACUGGCUGUCCCACGGUUCUGGGCAAUGCGCGACUGCGCGCGUUCCCCUCAAUAGCCAAACACCCUGCUACGGGGCAGAAACGACAAGAUGCUGAACAAGAAAUCCGUAUUCAAGCCAAAGGCGGCCAUCCGCCGCCCAGUUCCUGGUCCGACAUCUCGGGGCUCGCAGCGUCCCUCGACUUCCGAGCCGUCCGCCAACUCCACGCCUGCACCGCAAGAUAUCCCUUCCUCACAACCGCAGCCUGCCCAAGACCCUGACUCGGCCAAUGGCACACCCGAGCAAGCUGGGACACUUGCUCCAGUGCAGGAGGAGGCGAUUGAAUCUGCUGCCGGGGAGCCGCCGCAGGCUACGAUAACCCUAGUUCGUACGGAAAUCGCUUCGGAAGGAAGCAACCAGCGCGCCGAUACAACAACACCGACGGGCGUGCCUGAUAGCGGGACAAAGGAUGGUAUUACACCAGAGCAGCCCUCAUCACGAGAGAUUUCGACUGUGCAAGAGACUGGUUCGCUUGAGACCCCAGUUGCGGGCGCCAAUGCUAGUGCAGGAUCCGGCGCAGGUGGCCAACCGGGAGCCGUCACGAUUCUCGCUGCGACCGCUACUUCAAGUGAAGACACCACUUCUCCCACUCCACCCUCGACGGAAACACCCAGCAUCCCGCCGUCCGAGACCCCCGCAAGCGAACAAGUGCAGCCAACCGCCGGUUCAACAUCCGAGCCUGCGUCGGGGCCUUCUGAAGCUUCAAAGCCAAAGCGAUGCCGGAAACGCGCCGUGAUCGCGGCGACCGGUGAAGACUCUGGCGAACAAAACACUGCAGCACCUGCGAACAAGCGACCCCGAAAGAAGGCCGCUCCGCCGCCAGACGAGCAAAGCGACCAGCCUGCAGCCCCCAGAGCAACACGCAGCCGAAAGCGCAGCAAGGCUGCGACGGAGAAUGGAGAACCUGAAAACAACAGUGAAUCGGGCGCCGGGCAAUCGAAGGGAAGACCUCCGAGGGCACAGCGCGAAGCCACGCCGCCUGAUGCCGAGAACGUCGAAAUCGACAUCACACAGGUGAAGAUGGCUGACCUGGCCAAGGACAUGCAUAUCGGUAAGAAGUUCAGCCUGCACGACGAGCUUAUGGAGCGCGAGCGCGCAAAGCGUCUUCGAUUCAGCGCGAGGAAGAAACGGCAACAGGACGGCGAAGACGGCGACGGCAGCAAAUCAAACCGCGAGACCUCCGCGGGGACCUCCGCCUCGAUCUCCAACAACAGCACCCAAGCCACCCCCGCCACCACCGAGUCUGCAGGUGCCGAAACCCCCGCCGACGGGCCCUCACGCGCCACGAUCGGCGAAGCCUACCAAAUCAUCGAUGGCCAAAUCGUCCUGGAUCACCGCUCCCUCCGCGUGGACUUGCACGCGCGGGCGCGGGAAGAAGCCGGCGAGCUUGUCGAGGUGGAAGAAAACGAUUUCACCCACCACACCACCUCCGCGACCUACCUCCGGCGCAACCUGAAGCCGCAGCAAUGGACCGACGAGGAGACGGACCUCUUCUACCAGGCCCUGCAGGCCUUCGGCACCGACUUUGACACCAUCUGCCGCAUGUUCAAGGGCAAGACGCGCAAGCACAUCAAGCUCAAGUUCAACCGCGAGGAGCGCGUCAACCCGGCGCGCAUCACCGCCGCGCUGGUCGGCCAGAAGACGGUCUUGAUCGACCUGGAGCAGUACCAGCGCGCGACCGGGCAGGAGUACGAGACGGCCGAGGCCAUCUACGCCGAGCAGAAGCGCGCCGAGGAGGAGUUCGAGGCCAAGCAGAAGGCGCUCGAGGACGAGAAGGCUGAGGAGGUGCGGCGCAAGAAGGAAGAGGUGCUCGCGCAGCUGAACAGCGCCGUUGAUGGGGAGAGAGCGGGCGGCGGCGACGGCGGCGGGGAUGGCAAGAAGGGGCGCAAGGGCGGGCGUAAGAAAAAGGCGCCUGCUGUCAUGGGACUUUGA